CCUUCAGGUCCAAUCCACCGAAUUUUCCAACGCCAGCUACCGACGGCCAGCCCAUCGCGGAGCCGACACCGCACCGUGACGGCUCAAGACUCGCUCAACACCGAUCCAAUUAAUUGGACGCGCCGGAGACCCAGUCAAUCAGUCAGCCAUGAGCAGGGCGUUGCUGCGCUCCGUGCUGGAGUUGCGCGCUCCCGUCGUGCGCCUCGUCCCGUCCAUUCGCCCGACGACGAUAGCGACGCCAACUACCACGACGACCAAGACGGUGACAGCGGUAGCACCGACAGUGCGCUUCUUCAACCAGACCGCUCAGCACAUCGAGUCCUCCCACCCCGACCCGACCAUCGUCGCCAACGCCGCAUCAUCACAGCAGCAACAACAGCAGCAACAACAACAACCACAGCAACCACAGUUCCCCUCCAAGCGGGAACCGCCCCGACAGCCUCCCCCCGUGACGGCCAAGCCGAUCAGCGACUCGGUGCGCACGCUCCUCCCGGUCCUGGCCGCGCAGCCGGGGCACUACAUCACCAUCCACAUCCACGGGCGCCCGUACCUGGUGACGGAGGGCGACAGCGUGCGGCUGCCGUUCCGGAUGCCCGGGGUCGAGCCGGGCAACGUGCUGCGCCUGAACCGGGCCUCGAUCCUGGGCAGCCGCGACUUCACCCUGCGCGGCGCCCCCUACAUCGACGAGCGCCUGUUCGAGUGCCGCGCCGUCGUCACGGGCACCGAGGCCGAGCCGAUGCGCACCAUGAUCAAGAAGAAGCGCCGCUGCCGCCGCGCCAAGCGCGUCACCAGCAAGCACCGCUACACCGUCCUGAGGAUCAGCGAGCUCAAGAUCCGUACAGACGUGCUCGACGAGGCCUGAGCUGGGAAAAAGGAGAAAUUGCCAGGAAGGGGAGGAGAGAAGGGGGGGAGGGUUGAUCUCCUUGAGACAACUAACUG